AUGGGUGACAUUCGCAACACCGAAAGAGACAGCAAUGUCCUCGCCCUCGUCGAGGCCAUCCUCGGGCACAAGAUCGAGAGCCAGCCCGGCUCCUCGACCCAAAGCAACAUCGACGAGUACGAGGACCUCGUCGACAUGAGCAAGGAUCACGAUCUCAGCAAGGAGCCCCGCCCCGACUCUCCCCCCAAGAACCCCUGUGUUGGUGCCGUCAACCCGUAUGCCCUCGCUGAGGCUCUCAUCGGCCGCAAGAUCGACCGCGAGUCCAUGGCCGCUGCCCAGAUCCUCCAGAAUGUCCUCCAGACCGACUACGAUGAGCUCUUCGACAUGCGCCACAAGUCCGUCUUGUACGCCGGCAUGAAGCUCAACGAGAAGGAGCGCAAGGCCGAGAUGUACGACGAGAAGGACAUGAAGAUCCUCAACGAGCGUGAUCUCCAGACCCCCGACUUCUCUGGUGUCCGCCGCCUGGACGACCUCGAGAAGAUUGGUCUCAAGGACAUCAAGGAGACGAAGGUCAAGGUUGCUCGCAUGCAGAACGGCAAGCUUCGCCUGGUUCUCCACGCCCACGAGCUCGCCCGCACUGUUUCCAACCGCGAGGUUACCAUGUCCAUCAACGAGUUGGUCACCCCCUUCAGAAUGCGCGAGAAGGGCCGCUGGCAACCACCCAACGCCUCAUGGCGCGACAUGUACGACUACUUCUUCCAGCAGGUCAACAAGCGCCUGAUCUCCGACAUCACCAUGUUCCGCGUUGGUGACCGCCGCGAGACCCUCCGCAAUUUCGACGACCCCACUCAGGGCUGCUCCAGCAACUCCUGGUUCGUCUCUGCCCUCUUCUCCGUCUUCUGGGCCGACCCCUGUGCCAUCAACCGCGCUACCCGCGUCCACACCCAUGGCAACGAGAAGAAGCGCUUCUUGUCCAUCAAGUUCCACGACAAGGGAGGCAAGCAGAACAACCGCACCGAGACUGUUGAGGUCAAUUACGAGAUCCCCAUUAACAACUCCGACAACGAGCCCUUGUACUGCCGCUCCAGCGACGGUGCUGACAUCUGGCCCUCGCUCUACGAGAAGGCCUUCGCCAAGUGGAUUACUGGCACCAACUCCGAGCAGCCCGACAUCACCCAGACUCACUGCGGUGACCCCAUCAAGGCCAUGGCUCAGAUCAACGGCCGCACUCCCCACUACUACGAGUGCAACAACCACUCUGCCCACACCCUCUUGGGCCUGGUUCGUUCCAACAGCUUGAACAACAAGACCAUCAACCCCAUGACGGCCUUCACUUAUGCCACCGGCCGCGACUUCCACGGUGCCAACAUUGUUGCCAACCACGCCUACUCCGUCCUCGGAUACUGCGUCAUCGGCGACAAGCAGUACAUCGUCCUCCGCAACCCGUGGGGUGUCACCGAGCCUCAGGGUCUCACCAGCUACACCGGUCUCCUCGGCCGCCUCGACCCCGAGAUCUGGAACCCCGCCACCCUCCUUGACCACGGCGGUCUGUUCGCUCUUGAGGCCGACUCGUUCAAGAAGUGCUUCUCGCACAUCGGUGUUGCCAAGUAA